CGAUUGGGAAUGAUUGAUCAAGGUAGCAUACUUUGCACGUCUGGCUUUCUCAAUUGGCUUGGUGAAAAUUCAAGAUUAAGCACUUGUUUUAAAGAUGGAGAGUUCUUCUACAAGUUGGAGUGCUUGGAAGAUCGAGGAGAAGCUAGGGAGGCCCUUGUCCAAGUCGAUCCAAAACGUAUGCCGAAACUUGAAAACUGCCUGAUUUUGGCCAAGGAGGAUAAGAUGUUCGAGGUAGCAACUUUGUGACUCUAUUCGAAGAGUUUGGGGUACAAUCAGCUGGGCUUUCAGGUUGGAAGAUGAAAGUGUGCAACUUUCUAAACCACAUGAAGGAAUUGGUUGAGCUCGAAUCGAUCCAUAAGCCCAUUUUCCAGGAGCUUGAAGAUGGUACGAAAGGCUGUUUACUGGACAGUUUACUUGGAAGAGAAGAUUGUAUCUUGACUUACAAGUUUACUUGUUUUACA